UUCACGGGCCACUGCCUCACUCCCCUCCUCUUCGCCUCCAACCACCCCCCCUCCAUGGCCAUGGCGACCUCCACCUUCUCCCCGCGCCCCGCCUCCCUCAGGCCGCUGCGGGCCGGCGCCAAGCCCCAGCACCACCUCCACCUCCUCCCCUCCUCCCGCCUCCGCGCCGGCCGCCGGGGGAGCCGCCUGGAGCGCGCCGCCGCCGGGGAGGCGCCCGUCGAGGUCGCGCCGCCCAGCGAGCCGGAGGCGGAGCCGGCCCCCGCCGCGGCCUCCAACGGUGCCGCCGUCGAGGCUCCUCCCGCGAAGGCCGUCGAGGCCGUGGCCGCGGCGGCGCCGGUGCCGGUGCCGGCUUUCCGGGACGCGAGGUGGGUGAACGGGACCUGGGACCUCAGCAAGUUCGAGAAGGGCGGAGUUGUCGACUGGGACGCCGUCAUCGACGCCGAGGCCAGGAGAAGGAAAUGGCUUGAAGAUUAUCCAGAGGCCACUAAUACAGAUGAGGCCGUUGUCUUUGAUACUUCAGUUAUUCCAUGGUGGGCAUGGAUGAAGAGGUUCCACCUUCCUGAAGCCGAGAAGCUGAAUGGACGCGCUGCCAUGGUCGGUUUCUUCAUGGCUUACUUUGUCGAUAGCUUGACGGGUGUGGGGCUCGUCGACCAAAUGGGCAACUUCUUCUGCAAAACCUUGCUGUUUGUUGCUGUGGCUGGCGUUCUGCUGAUCAGGAAAAAUGAGGAUCUUGACUCACUGAAGAAGAUAAUCGACGAGACGACAUUCUACGACAAGCAAUGGCAGGCAACCUGGCAAGAUGAGACCACCGGAGGGCCAAAGAACUAGCUCAGCGUGGCCAAAGAACUAGCUCAGCGUUGGGGCCUGAUCGCAGAAUGCUUUACUUGUGUUGUGUUUCGUUUUUUUGGCCUUUUUGUUUUCCCGUCUAGUGAGGCUUGGAGGAACAUUUUGACAGGCUAUUAAUCUACGGUAUCUUGUAAAAAAAUAUGGACUUAUUUUCUGUGCUAUAGAUAAUUACGAUGCGGUUUCAUU